AUGUCUCGGUCGAGUAGCGAAUAUGGCUCCAGUUUCAGGUCUCGCUCAAAUAGAGAAGACGAGUUAAAGCAAAUGACCAUGGAGACCUGUCACAACGCCGCACCCUAUUGUGGUUACACACCUCUCAACCCCAGAAAGAAGUGGAUGGUCCUCAUAAUGUCUAUCGUGGGUUUCAUCGUCUGCAUGACCUUUGCAUCUAUAUAUGGGCUCGACUACGAAGGACUGAGGGAAGAAGAGGAAAUGAAAGAGCCCAUGUUCGCCGAUGUUCGCAAUCUUUCCACAUACACAGAGGAAAAGAGCUGUGGAAGGCGCGAUGAGGUUGCCAACGUGACUAUCUGGAACGAUGUCGUCAAUAAGACCAGCAGUCUAGUUGAGGACAUGUUUACAAUUGCUAUCCAGACCUACCAGAGACCUGUCCAGUUGAACAAGACCAUCGAGCAUCUUACCGAGCGCAAAGUACCCUCACUCUAUGAAAUCGUCAUUGUCUGGAACGAAGUGGACGUCGAUCCUCCAGCUGACUACAUGAGCAAACACGGCGUCCUCGUCCGCUACCGCAAAUCCGAAAAGAAUAGCCUGAACCAGAAGUUUCUCCCCGACCCUCUGUACAGGACGCAGGGAAUCUUGCUCUCAGACGACGACUGGAACUACAACGCAACGGGGGAUCUGGAGUACGUCUUUCAGCAAUGGCGACGUGCGGGCAUGCAUCGCCUCACAGGAGCCUUUGGGCGCUGCUGGGGCAACAACGAGGUGACCGACACUCCGAUAUACGACUAUAAAUGCGCGGGCCGGGACAGCUACAGCAUGGUCUUGACAGGUCUGGCUUUUACACAUGUUUCCUACCUGGAAUACUACCACUCGGAAGAUGAGGUUAUGACCAGCGUUCGGAACUUGGUAGACCAGACGUUUAACUGCGAAGACAUUGCGCUUAAUUUCGUCGCUAGUAUGUUGACGUGUGAAGGACCGCUUCUGGUCCUUGGGAAAAACAAGCUAGACCAUCAAGCUGCUCGAGUUGGUAUCAGCUCUAAGCCUGGACAUCUGAAAAAACGAAGUCGAUGCUUGCGCAAGUUUGUAAAAAUGUUUGGAUACAUUCCAUUGCAUGAUGUUAAAGGCUAUCUAAAAGGGGGCGUAUACGCUCAAGGAUGA